CAAUACACGUCCAUGCUGAUAUUCCGAAGUUGCUUUAAAACAGACUCUCCAUAACAGAACCUCCCAUCGUAGUCCGUGAAGGAUAUGAAAAAAAGGGACCAGAGAAAGAUGCGAGAGAAACCAGACACGUUUGAAACGGGAGGGUAAAUGAAAAAGCUCAUGACAAACGUCAGCCGAAGAUUAAAAGCACUCAUCCGUUGGACAGUAGCAGGGACAUUGAAGACUAUCAUCGUUCAUCAUUUGUGAUACAUUUUGUGUAUCGGAUUUUCCUGUGCUGGUACCAGCUUACAGUGAUGAAAAAAGUACUUAUAAAAGCCUGUUGCCUAUGAUAGCAUUUUUUACACGAACUUUUAAAAAAGUUGGGUAUUGGUAAGUUAAGGGAAGCUACUCUCACUUGACCAGCGCGAAAUGGCGACAGACGAACAGCCGCUGCUGAAAGACAAUGAUUAUGAUGAAUUUCAUGUCAGUAGACGGAGGGUAUAUCAAAGCAGUAAUCUAGGUCUUGACACAGAAAAUGAUAGAGGAGAUUUAAAUCGAAUAACCAUCAGGAGAAGUUUCAGCGCAUCUUCCCUUGGGGAUGAUCUAAUCGUGGCUAUAUUUGUUGUGGCUUUCGACACGAGAUCUGGGAAUAUGAUCGAAUGGUGCAUGCCAGAAGAUACAGAUUUAGAUGGAGUUGAGUUCAAAUCCAUGCCUAGUGGGUCACACACACUAGAGCGAGAUUUUGUGUAUUUUCGCAAAGACAACUUGUAUGGACUUUCCUGUUUUGAAAAUAUGCCAGUUGAAAGUGAAAUUGAACGAGGGGCACGAAUGAAGUCUGUGGGCAUCCUGUCAUAUUCUUACACCAACCUCUACAGACACAUGCAGUUUCUAGAGAUGCAAGUCAGACAUCAGUUGGAGAUUCCUGGAAAGUAUACUCAACUAAUUGCUUUUUACAAUGACAAGAAGGGCGAGUUUCCACUGAACGUAUCUCACUCCAAUGCUGCACACAUCCCUUCUCCUCUCUCAACACCUUCCACACCUAGCAUUGAGCUGCUUCCUGAAAUGAAGAUAACACACCCUGCAGGCUGCUUUGCACAGUUUAUAAAAUUCUUUGGAGAGCAUGUGUUCACGUUAUGGAAAUUUGCUUUGCUGCAACGGCGAAUAAUUUUCUUCUCUCCUCCACCAAUUGGUGUUGUUUGUUAUAGAGUGUACUGUGCUUGCUGUUUGGCCAGUCACAGAGUACAAGGUCUUGGAACACGAGAAUUAAGACCACAUUUCUAUGUCAGUGUUGCGGACAUUGAGGCAUUGGAGAAUGAGAUUUCUUAUGUUGCAUGUACUACAGAAAAGAUAUUUGAAUCAAAAAUCCAGUUAUAUGAUAUUUAUGUAGACAAUCAAAAUGUCUUCUCUUCAUCGCAUGCUUUAAAAGACUUGCUAAAAAUCACAGAUGCUGACAGAGAAAAAUUGGCCAAACUCAACAACCAAAGAAAUCAAUUUUUGUUUAACAUGGAUGAACUUGGAGAAGAUAUUUUAAAUGAAGAAGAAGUUAUUGUAUCAUUCUUCAUGGAGCUGAAUGAACGGCUGUUUCAAACCUUGCUGGACAUUUCCAUGUCUCCGGAUCGCCAGCUGACAUCUGACCAUAUGAAGGCCAUUGGUCUUGACCCUGUGGGUGACCGUACUUUCCUGAUGGAGCUAGUGGAGCACUAUGGUAUAGAUGUUGUUUUAAUGGUGGACAACCCAUGUUGCCCUAAAUGAAGUGGGCAGGGUGUAUACUUUGGUUUUGUGGAGAACUGAAGUGAAAAAGUGUGUGAGCUUAUGUACAGGAGUGUAAGCUGUGGCAGUUGGAAGUCUGUAAAGCAGUGAUAGAAUAAUAAAAUAGAAAAGGAGCUUGUAUCUUGCCACCAAAUUUUGGCAAAGAAAGGAACCACAAAAAGAAGAGAUACUUUAGAAAAUGAUUUGAUUGAACUUACAAUUUGGAGAAACUGAUAUACUACAUAAAUACUACAUGACGUGAAGGUUUACUUUUAUUUUCGUCCUUAGUGUUUCUGGACUUUUUUUAUUGCCGUGAUUUGCUUUGUAUAUACAUGUAAGUUAUAAGAAAGUUAUAUGCAAGUUACAUUAGCCCUUUGGUGAAGUAUGAGUUGUGCUAAGAUUAGGCUGGACACAGGAUACAUUUUUGAGGAAGAGUGACCCCUCGAAAGAUUUGCCCUACAAAGUACGAGACCGCAGGUGUUGACCACUUGUGCCUAGGUGUAAAAAGUUAUUUAACACCUUUGUGUCCUGCGAUUAAGGGGUUUCAUGCAGAUACAAAGAAAACUGAUAAUUUUUAUUUUUAAAGAAUCUUCUUAAGUCUGUAAAAUUGUCAGGUUAUCUGAAAAGAGGAGGCUUUGUAGCCUGAUGGUUAGUGUGCUUGUUUUUAAAGCAGAAUGUUUCAUUUAAGUGACCACUCGGUAUGUGACUGGAAAACUUUCCACAUAGACGUGAUGAGCAUGUUAUUUAUCAGGGAAAGAAAAAGGCAGCGGAAGUAGAAAUUUUGAUUUUGGCUUCCAUAUCAUGCAACAGAUGGUGAACCACUUGCAUUUUAUUAAUUAUGUAGUCACUUUCCUUUAUUUUUAUUAGUUUUUGUCUAUAAAUAAAAGUUUGUCUAUCUCAUGAAUAGCUACAAAUAAAUAUUUCAUUUAUAGUACAAUAAAAGUUUUCCAUGUCUUAAAUAGGUCACUAUAUCUGUGAUAACUGGAUUGAUUGUGGGAUUUUUUUUUGUUUAUAACUAAAUAGUAUGUUUGUAUAGGAUGUCAGAAGAUAUUUUGUCAAGAUGUAACUAGACCACCCACCUCAGUAAUAUCCAGUCGUAUGCAUUCCUUAUCAGAGGAUAACUGUCUCAUGGGUGCUAGGUCCAUUUGUUCAUACAAUGUACUUUUAUUUCCUUAGGUUUAACAAAAUAUAAAACAGCUAACUUAUUUUUGUUCCACAGAGCAUAUUUGUUUUAGUCCUUGCACACCCCUGUUUACUCAGUUUAUAGAACAGUUUAUAAAAAUAUUGAAACAUGUAGCAAGACUGUGUCUUUUCUGAUAUAAGGUUUAAUGAUUUUAUAUGUAUUUUAACCCUUAGAAUGUUUGUGCCAAGCGUCAGCUUGUUGUUCAUCUUUCAGAAAUAUUUAAUUUGUGAUAAAUCAAACUCUGGUUUUUUGUUCAUCAGUAUGCAUGAAAUAAAUGGUUAGCUAGAAGUCAUAAAAAUGCAGGCUUUUUUCACGUUGCUUAAGAUCCCUAGACUGCUUCAUCUUGGUUUAAUUUAAAGUGUUUCUUACAUAAGCUAUCAAAAAUGUUGUAACCUUCAAAUAAAUAACAUCAAGUUUUGUCUAAUAAUCACGUUAUGGAAAUCUUUAGUUACAUAAACAAUCACUAUUGCUGUACUUCAUUGUCAGUCCAUAAUAAUGUUUUUUUAGUGGAUAUUUAUAUUAUCCUGAUGAAAUAUAGAACUAUAAACAUUUACUGAUAAUCUUUUGUGUUUAAGGCCAUGGGCACAAUGACACAGCUUCUGUGUUGCAAUACAUUUUUAGAUGUAUUAGUAUGAUGAGAUCUAAGUCAUGGAACCUUAACUGUAAUAUCAGAUUUUGCAUUUGCAGAAUAUGAUUUUGUGUAUAUCUGUGGUAAAUCAAAUUACUUUUCAGUCUUUAGGUAUUAGUUACUGGCAGAUUGAAAAAAUGUGUAAGUUCUUACCAUAACAGAACUGAGGAAUUGUUUGUCAGAUUCAAAGACUAAAUUUGUUAAAAUCCUGAUCUGCAGGUGGAAUUUUGCAUACACUUACCUCUUAAUUUGCAAUUAUUUUUGUGUACCUGUGAUCUGUGUGAUUAGAUUGCAUUAUUAACAUUUUUAGGGCAUUAUUAAGGCAUUGAAAGAAGCACCAGAAGCAUCUCAUUGCUUUGCAAAACAACCCUUGUUACACAAACCUGUCAACCUUUUAGCAUGCAUUGAAAUUCACAGUUCCUAAACGGCACAGUUAGUUUAUAUAAUCUCAGCUUGAAAUUGUGGAUUUGUUUUGUAAGGAGCAGAGGUACAUGUCUGUCAUCAUCUUAACAGAUUAAGUAAAGAUAGCAGAGUCAAUGGAUUAGAUAGAUAAAUCUGUGAACUUGAGAGUCAAAGCAGCAAAAUUAGUAUUAUUGUCAGUAUUGUUGGAAAAUUUGUAAAGUAGGAUAAAGGAUAAUAGAAAUAGCUCCUUGUUGUAAGAGGUUUAUUAACCUGUAGAGGUUACAGGAAUAUCAUUAUUAACAUUCUAUUUAUAUCUUGUAAAAGUGAAAAGUGAUUAGAGCACAUGAGCGUGCAUGCAUGCUUGGUUUGAUACCAUUUGACACAGCAAACUUGCUCCAAUUGACCAAGUUGUUAAAUGGGUAACUGAUCCUGUGUAGAGGUGUGGAGUGAAUGGCAGUUAGGGAGAGAUGUGCGGUCUUUAACACCUUACUCCUCCCCAAUGAGUCAGAGAUUAUAGAGCUACCUUCAGUGUUGUAAAACUGCAGUUUGUCAUUACAAAGUAAUCAAAGAAAACAAUACUGUGAAUUGGACAAGCAGAAUUGAUGAAAAGGAAUCGAUGGGAUAGAGAUGUUUUCCCCACAUUAAUUAGUGAAGAAAGUCUAAUUCCACUGCAUAAAUCAUCAUCAUCAUCUAGUACCAGCCAGACUUGGAGCAAGUCUGCCAGUAGGUAGAGGAAUGCAUUGAGACGUAGCAGCAAUAAAGGUGUGCCAUCGCUGCUUGACCCUGGUGAACAAAAGGUUCCUGGGAACGAACCAUAGCAACAACCACAACAAAUUUGUUUUGUGUUACUUGUAAGGGAUUCAGAGCAGUCUCCUAAACCGUUUUGCAAAAAUUAUAAGGUUGCACAAACUACUUGAAACAAGAUUGUAUCAUUUCUAGGUAUCACUGGUGACUUAGCCUGUCCCUAUUUGAAUAAUUAUAAGCGUACAAAAUGUGUGUGUGAAACUGUGCAUGGAACAAACCGAAUCAUUUGAUGUAAAGAAUAAUUGUGUUAUAUUGUGAUUUUGUAUAUAGGUUAAGGUAUUUAUUUCUUGUAAACUUAAAAGUCUUUCACUAUGAUACUCUGGAACAUUUGUUUCAUGACAAUGAACAAAACUGCAUGUAUUAAUUUAUUAUGUUUAAUCUCCAAUGUUUUUUAUUUACCAUCAAGCAGAGAUAUUGUUAGGUAAACAUUAUCUGGAAAUUUGACAUCUGUAUUUGUGUGUACUUUUACUGCAUAAAGUGUUUUGUUUGCAUGCAUAUUGAACAAGUCAAUGUGAAUUUUAGUUUUCCAAAGCCAAGCGGUUUAACUAAAUUAUUGAGUGCUUCCUCACUAAAUAUUGCUGCAGCUGCAGCUUCUUUUCUUUACUGACAGUUUCAUCCUUUGUUAAAGGUAUUCUUUGACCAGACUGUACAGAUGUACAGUAGUUCUGAUUAUAUUCUCACAUUUUAGCGACUGACUUGAGUUAGAUACCUUGGUGACACCUAUCCAACAUUUAGCAGAGGGAUAGGAUUGUAUAUGCUAUAAACACUCUGAACUGUCUCUUAAUGUUUUUCUCAGUGGCUAUUAAAUGUAAAAAAUAAACCACAUCAAACUUUACGAACACAUUAAAAAAAAUUAAGUCGUCUUCAGAAAUCUUCUGGUGAAACAGUGCGUAGAAGUUGUUGCUUGCAGACCACAACAUAGAGAAUGUCCUGUUUAUAUUAGUCUGCACUUUGAUCAUCAUUGUAUUUAAAACACGUUGACAAUAUUAAGGUUUUUUUUCUUGAUUAAUAUGAACGAAUUGAUGCAAUUGAGCUGUAGCUAAGAAGACAUUUGUAUUAGUGAGUGUGAACUGCAUAGGAAGAGUUAAAAGCACUUUGUGAUUUCCUUCAGAACAAGAUACUGAAUUUCUAUUUACUUUUUUGUUGACAAAUACGGCUAGCGACACCUAUCGUUACCAAUUAAAAGGCCUUCCUAACCAGACCAUUAUAACAAAUUACCAGUUUAUGAUUAUGCAAGGUAAGUUUUUUUUAUAGGACCAUAAUGUAAAACUUUCCCAAGCAUAAAUGUACGUCUGGUUAAGAAGGUAGUUAAUUUUAAUACCUGUCGACAUAGGAAUGAUGAUGUUUUAGGACAUAAAAUAGGGUGAACCUCAUCUAUAAUUUAAGUACGGAGGGAUUGUUUUCUUUAUUAUGUAUUGAUUAUGCCUAUUGCUUUUUUGAAUAUGCUAAAUUAACUGUGGCAUAUUGUGAUUUACUGUAUGGUGCAUAUGACUGGACAAGAAGUGUUGAGAUAUAAAAACUUCCAGUUUAUGGUUUUGUGUCAUGUUUGUUAAGUGACACACUUUUACUCAACUUGCAUUUUUUAGGGUGUCAAAAUUGUAUGUAGCUAUGUAAGUCUUCAAUUUGAAUCUUUAUAUUAAAAUCUGAUAAUGUACAGAAUUUGCACUAGCUGUAUUAUACUUUUAUGACUGUAGUUGCAUCAGAGAAGUAAAGUUUUCGUUGUCAAGAGACUGUAUGAUGAUAGUUUCAGGUGAUCAAGAAAUUGGUACAACACACAUCUUGUCGUGCAUACAUGGGACACUCAAAAUCCAUGAUAUUGUUCAAGCUCCAAUUGAACAUUCCAUUCUUGCUUCAGUCUUUAUUGUCAUUCUAUAUAUAACAGGUAAUAAUAAAUCUGCUGUUAUUAAACAUUUCAGUUCCUGUCUCAAUCAAA